CAGUAAUAAAGCAGUAGUAGAUUGAAAUUAAUUUAGUAAUCUGAAUAUAAUUCAUAUUUGUUUCAUUCAAGUAAAUGAAACAAAGAAGAAGAAAAAAGAAAAUAUUAAAUUACUGAAGACUUGUUCAUCAGUUUUUCUGGUUGCAGUGUCUCCAUGUUCUCAGUUCAGCUGUUUGAGUGGAGAAUGUGUGCCAUCUGGAGCAGGCUGUGAUUUCAGAGAGGACUGUCAAGAUGGAUCAGAUGAGGACUUCUGUGGAUCAUGUGACUUUGAGCAUCACUUAUGUGGGUGGAACUCUACAGGAGAUGUAUCAUACACCUGGAUACGGCAAAGAGCCAAUAGUAGUGCAGUGCCUGGAUACGACCACACCACAGGGAGUCCAUUGGGAUAUGUGAUGCAGAUAGAUGUCAGUGAAGGAGGGGCCAUGUUUCAAAAGGCUAUUUUAGAGUUCUCUGUUAAAAAAGUAUUGGGUCUUGGGUGCUCUCUCAGCUUUUGGUACCACAUAUAUGACAUGGACACCCAUGCUAUAUCGGACCUGAAAGUAAAAAUAGUGAGAGGUUCGAGUGACAAAACGUUAUUGUCCAUUUCAAAAAGUAACACAAAUGAAUGGGAAAAAGCAACUGUUUUCAUUGGGAAUCAACCUAAAGGAUAUAAGCUGCAAUUUGUUUCCCAGCGUCCCUUCAUGGGCCAUAGCGAUAUAAAGUUGGAUGAUAUCUUAUUUAAUAAUUGUGGCUUGGAUGACAUACCUCCAGCUUCAGAUCAGCUGUCUUGUGACUUUGAGAAAGACACAUGCUCUUGGUAUCAUGACUACACAGCCAACCUUUUGUGGGACAGGAAUAAAUUUGAAUUUGGGGACAACCCUGAAGUUACUGGUUACCAUAUGGUAAUAAAGGCCGAGAGAAAUCAAAAUAUCAGUUCAGCAGCCAGACUUGUCAGCUUUCCCCAGUCAGCACACGAAGGCCUAUGUGUCAGUUUUUGGUACCAUAUAUUUGGCAACAAUAUAGGUUCAUUAAAAUUUAUCACCAGACAUCCUGGUGAAGAAGAAACAGUUGUGUGGGUGAGAAGUGGGACACAGGGAAAUAAAUGGAGAUUUGCUGAUUUGACUUUUCAAAGUGACAAACCAAUGCAGUUUAUAAUAGAAGCAGUGUUAGGGGGGACACAAGGGAGCAUAUCCAUAGACGAUAUUGUGGUGUCCCGUGUCUCAAGUGGGUCCUGCCCUGCAGAGAGAGAGUGCACUUUCCAGGGGUCUCUGUGUGGCCUUCAGUCUUUUGGAGGUUUAGGCUGGUCCAGGGUCAAAGGGAGUGUGCUACCAGCUAACGCUCCAGGACCAGAGGCAGACCACACCCUGGGGACGGACCAAGGUUACUACUUGAGUUCUGAGUUGUGGAGUCUUGCAGCGGGGUCUAAAGUGUCUGUGAUGACAGCAGACAUGGGGCCCACUGCAGCUGGUGGAGAGUGCCUAAUGUUCUGGUACCACAUGGAGGGGUUGGGCGAUGGUGAAAUAAAUAUUUAUGUUCAAACCAAUGAAAGCAGUGCAGAGCUGGUCCGAGUGUGGAACCGACAGGGGGAUCAGGGCAGCCACUGGAGACACGGGAGAAUCUUACUACACAGUCCAAAUCACCAGUUUAAGGUGAUAUUUGAGGCAGUUGCAGGUCCUGAACCAAAGGGAAAUAUUGCUAUAGAUGACUUGACUGUGCUAAAUGAUGCCUGUCCACCCCAAGGUUUUUGUGACUUUGAAAUGGACUUCUGUGGCUGGGUGAACAGUCCACCUGUCGAGACUGGACUGCACUGGGACUGGCUUUCUGGAUCCAGUUUGGGAAAUUCAUUUAUCCCAAGACGAGAUCAUAGCCUUGAUUCUCGAUUUGGUCAUUUUGCCUUCUUCACAAAUACUAAACCUAAUGAAAUGGCUCGGCUUGAGAGUGAAUUGAUGGACUCAGUGGAAAAAGCCUGUUUGGAGCUCUGGCAUUACUCAUCAGAUUGGGUAGUUGACUAUCCUUCAAACUUUAUUUUGACUGUACUGAUCAAUGAAAAUGAUUCCCUUCAACCCCUGUGGAGCACACAUGGGUUUUUGAACUCCUCCUGGAUCCUCGGUAGAGUGGAUUACAUGGCAUCUGGGCUACACCAAAUUGUUAUUGAGGCCACUUGUCCAGAGUCAAAUUGUGGCAGUAUUUCUCUUGAUGACAUCCAUAUUAUGAAAGAUAUUUCAUGCAGUGACUUAAUCCCAACAACAACUGCUCCUCCUCCAACCACCCCUGCCCCUCCCUCCGCCAUGGACUGCACUUUUGAACAAGGUCUGUGCACCUGGGUUCCAGAGGUUGGUGCAGAUGUGAAUUGGACUCUUAGGAAUGGACUUAAUAUUGAUCACCCAUGGCAUGGGGCUCAGUAUGACCACACUGUUGGAAAUAAUCAGGGUUUCUUUUUGCUGUUAAAUGGAUCUGGCUCUGAAGAUGGCGAGAAGGCCUUUAUAUCCACCCCAAUUCUGGAGUUUUUUUCAGAGUUUUGUGUUGAAUUUUGGUUUUACAUGUCAGGGCCAACUGUGUCCUCAUUGGAUCUGCUCAUUCAGACCAAAUCUUCUGACUUGUUGGUGUGGACACGAGAUGGAACCCAGGAUCGAAAGUGGACUAAGUCUCAAGUAAAUAUUAAGAAUAAUGACAUAAAGAAGCUCUUGUUCAGUGCGUACAGAAAUAAGAGCAGUGAAGGUUUUAUUGCUGUUGAUGACAUUACAGUGAAAGGCGGAGUUUGCCAAAAUCAUGACGUGUGUGGUUUUGAUGUGGACUGGUGUAAUUAUGAAAAUGAUGUCAGUCAUGUUGGACGGUGGAGUCGAACAAAAGCUAAAAAUACAAAUCCAGAUCAUACUUACCGAACUGAACAUGGUUUUUAUAUGAAUGUACUGUUGUCAAACUCAACCACACCUAAAGUGGCUCAACUCCUCACUUACGAGCUUCCAGCGGCUGCAGAGAUGUGUGUGCGCUUCUGGUACCAGGUGCCUGCGGCACCCUCCAACACUCUUGCUGUCCAUUUGUUCUGGAGUGGAGAGUUGCAUGAAAAGCUUUGGGAGUCAUCUAGUUCAAUGUCUCUGACCUGGGAGAUGGCCGAAGUCACUGUGUGGGCACCUGCCAAGUUUCAUGUUGUUUUCAAAGGAUUUGAUGUGCCUGGAAUGACCUCUACAGUGAAGAUAGAUGAUAUCUCUAUAACAAAGGGAGCCUGCAGUCCUAGAGGCAGCUGUGAUUUUGAGUCAGGGCAUUGUUCUUGGGUUAACCGUCCCAUAGAAGGGGGCCACGACUGGGUUUUGUCCUCUGGAGGCAUAACUGGCCCAUCAACCGACCAUACCAUUCAAACCUCUGACGGUGUAUUUUUGUUGAGCUCUGCACAGCACCUGGAUCACAGUAGCAGAGCACAGGUAGUUUCUGAAUGGAUUCUACCCCAAGGGACUACUUCGUGUCUCUCCUUUUGGUCCUAUAUGCAGAGUGAAUCUGGGGCUUUGCAGUUAAAAAUUCAUUCAGGACAAGUGGAGGAGGACCUGAGAUUUAACAUUAACACCAGUGCUAACGAAUGGACCAGGUUCUCUCGUACUCUCACAAUGAACAGCAAGCCUUUCCGGCUGCUGAUAGAAGCUGAAACUAAACCAACAGGAUACAUUGCCAUUGACGACAUCAGUAUUAGUCCAGGUCUAUGUCAAGUUAAUGAAAGCACUCCAGAGUUUGUGGGCUGCUCUUUUGAAACUGAUACCUGUGGUUGGCAUGAUACAAGCAACGGACAGUUAAAAUGGAUCAGAGACAAUGGGACUCUAGAUGGAGGGCAGGGGCUUCAAAACAGAAAAAGUUGGUACAUGACAGUGAAGGAGAUGCGUGCAGAGUAUGAGAGUCCGGCUGUGCUGCUGAGUCCUUUAAUGCAACAGGCUUCUGCUGAAUGUACUGGACACUUUUACUACAACAUGCAUGCACAGGAAAUGGGCGCACUUAAAGUGUUUCUCCAGUAUGGUCCAGGGACUCCAACCCUUUUGUGGUGGGGGUCUGGUCACCAUGGAGACGAGUGGCAUGGCGUGGAGGUCAUGCUAGGUCGAGUCCCACAUGACUUCAGGGUCCGGUUUGAAGCCAGGACCUCUGGACCAGGACAUAUUGCUAUCGACAACAUAAGCUUCACCAACUGUACUCUGUCAGAGCCACAGUCUUCAUGUCCAGAGAAUAUGUUUACAUGUAAAAACCAGGCCUGUGUGGAGCUCAGCAGAGUUUGUGAUUUCAGCGAUGACUGUGGCGACUGGUCUGAUGAGAGUCACUGUGAGGAGAAAGGGGUGACUGAGCGUUGCAGUUUUGAAAAUGGUCUGUGCUUCUGGGCCAACAACAUGGCCAAUGUGCCUGUGGUUAAAUGGACUUUACACACAGGGCAGGAGGGAUGGCCCGACCUCGGACCUCCUCGAGACCACACCAAAAACUCUGCGGCAGGACAUUAUUUAAACCCCAGUCAGAAGAAUGACCAUGUUUCUGAGAUUCUCUCCAGAACACUACUGCCCAGCACCAACUGCACUGUACGGUUCUUUUACUACAGCCUGUCUGAUGGGAAUCUCACAGUUCGGUCCAGGACUCAGAGGAGCGGUGCAGAUGAUUUUAGUUUGGAAAAUAAGAAAUAAGCACAGCUACAAUUGGCAACGAGCAGAGGCCACUUUCUCAUCCACAACCGAGAGCAAGGUUGUUUUUCAUUAUGAACAUCUGGAAGGACCCAGAGGCCUUGUGGGUGUGGAUGAUAUUUCUUUCUCUGGAGUUUGUUUGUUUGAUCCACUGAACUCUGACCUGCCUGGAGAAUUCACCACUUUAGCUCCACUGUCCUCG